AUGGACGACUCUAUAUUCACAGAUAUCGAUCGUUGGGAAGAGAUCACCAUUAUACAAGUGAGAACAGCAGCCGACAAUGCUCGCAAAAGAGUGGAUGAACUGAAGCAAAAGACGAGAUCUCAACUGCAGCGGGACUACGAACAACUAUCACAAGAACUUCGUCAUCGGAAAGAGAAUGAUGACUAUUUCGAGCAUGACUUAGACAAACUCACAACUCAACUUGAACAGUUGAAACUGAGCAUCACAAACACAGCUGAUCUCAUCAAAAUAAGAAGUCGAAGUAUUGACUGGUUGACCGUGCUCGAAACCGAAGCCAGAGGAACAGAAACGGGCAACGUUGUACCAACACAGAAUGUAUCGGAAAAACAUAUCGAAAAAACGAAACAUGAAACUGCCGCUUUGUUCGAUGGAACGUCCUUGUUGAGUGCUGAACAUCAGUUGAAAGUGAAUGAGUUCUAUGGACAGAGCAAACAGCGAUGGAAGUUGAUUUAUCAAGCUAGCAGAGAUGGCUUUGGUGUGAAAGAUUUCCACAGUCGAUGCGAUGAUCAAGGUGAAACAAUGAUUGUUAUCAGAUCAGAGAAUGGAUAUUUAUUUGGAGCAAGUAAUCGAGUACCGUGGAGGAGUGAGGGAGGAUGGAUAGAAGAUGAAUCGUCGUUUCUGUUCACUCUGACUAAUCCACACACUAUUCCACCAACAAAGUAUCACAUUCAUCCACAUGAGAGUGCAUAUUCUAUGUACCAUCGUGCUGAUUGCGGACCGCUAUUUGGCCGUGGACAUGAUCUCUGGGUCUCUCACCGGAGUAAUGAAAACAGUAAGAGUUGCACAAGGUUUCCUCGUAGUUUUAUGGAUACAACAGGCAAAGGAAUGAAAACAUUUACUGGAGAUAAACACUUCAGAACAUCUGACAUUGAAGUAUUUCGUUUAGUCCAGUGA